AUGGCUCCUCCUGACCAGCCACAUAUUCCUUCCAUGGCUCCUCUUGAACAGCCGUAUAUUCCUCCCAUGGCUCCUCCUGAGCAGACGCUUGCACCUACUCAACGACCACGUGUAGGUCGUGAGUCAAGUAGGGUAUGGACUGUACAAGUCAUAGAUGAGCAAGGAAAUACAAAAAAGACUAAGUUGACAAAAUCAGGAGUAUUUGAGAUGCCACGUGGUGAACGUAUAGUUGUGCCAUUUGAUAGGCAAAAACGAGCCUAUGGAGAAGCAGCGACACUUCUUUUAGGAGCUUGUGGGCGUAUUUCCACUGAUUCAAAAAAUAUUCCCAUUAACUUUGAGAGUUGGAUAAAAGUUCCAAAAUCAUAUAAGGAUGAUUGCUUUAACACUUUAAAGAAUCUAUUUCAUUUUCAGGCUUCAGAAUUGAUUGCUAAGCGUUAUUGUUCACUUUCCAUGUCAAGUAUAGGAAUGCAAAGAUGA